CUCGAAUAGUUCGCUCGGCUCCGACAGCCGCUUUAGUUCAGAAAUUCCAUCGCGCGCAAUAAACGUGAAAUAAUCGUAACGUGAACCAGUCCGUUCUACCUCUGCAUAUUCCGUCCUGAAGUCGUACAAGCGGAACCACUGACCCCUCCCGAAACGUCAACAACACUCCCAGACCAGAAUAAGCCUCAACAUGAAGAUCUCGGCAGCUUGGCUGCUGACCUUCUUGGCGAUUAUUACUGUGACAAACGGCAGGACUACACCUACUGCUUCUAUAUCUACUUCUCCCUUUCCUACUACGGAAUUGGCUCAUAAUGAAGCGAAUACGACCACGGAAUCUGUGAAAUCAACGCAAAACCAAUUUGUAGAUAUAUAUGCCAGACCCUUCUCGAAUAUGAAGGACAUAUUGAUGCAGGAGAUUCGCACUCUAGACAAAGAUGUUUCCGAUGACAAGAUUCAGGAAGAAGUGGCGGAGACCUUGAAGGCCGAAGCACAACGAGAUCGUACGACUACUAAACCGAGCAAGUCAACGACUAAGAAAGUGAAAUCUGCAGCGGAAGAUGAAGAAUUUAAGAAAUUUGACGAUGCGCCCUUUGAUGAGCUCGACAAUGAAAACGACGAAGACGACUAUUACGAUGAAAACGAAGAUGAUGACGAAGAUUCCGAUCUUAAUGACGACGAAGAAGUCAUGACGCAAUGUCCUGAUUAUUGCAAAUGUGCUGGACAGUAUGCCGCUGCAAUGACUGCAACAUGCACGAAAUUAGUGGACGAACAGGCCUUCGGACCAGGUAUCGCGCAUCUGCGAAUCGAGAACGCCCCUGCGAUUCAACUGGGACCGAACGCUCUGCGAGCUCGCGGUCUUCAGCAAUUGGAAUCCAUCGCUAUCGUCGACACCGAGAUAGUCGACCUGGAUCGUACCGCGUUCAACGGCCUCACGUAUCUGUUUGCCGUAAAUUUGACGCGCAACAAUCUUCACGACAUCCAUCCGAAUACCUUUCAAAACAAUACGCAACUCAGCUUGCUCACAAUCUCCGGUAACAUAUUGAAACACAUGCACGACACGCACAAUCCGAAGUCGACGAAGCACUAUCUGCUGCACGCAUCAUCGAUUACUGAUUUCGAUUUCUCGAACAACGGGAUACUGCGGCUCAAACGCACCGCCUUUUCCAAGAUGCACAGCCUCAGUUACAUCAAUCUGCGCGGCAAUAGAUUGAGGGAAAUCGAUAACGCGAUCUUCGACUCGCUGGACUCGCUCAUGGAAGUGGACUUGUCGGAUAAUAUUCUGAAUGAGCUCCCGCUCGAUCUAUUCAUUGAUAAAGAGAUACAAGCUCUUCGCGUCGCUGGAAAUAAUAUUUCGACUUUGGCUACUAUAAGUGCCUCGAAACUGACGACACUUGACGCUUCGAGGAAUAAGAUCAGGGUAAUCGCCAAAGAGGAUCUGGAUGGUGUACCAUUAUUAGAUACACUAUAUAUCAAAUCGAACAAUUUGAAGAAGAUUCAUCAACAUGCUUUUAAUGAUCUCGAUCAAUUGCGACAUCUUGAUAUCAGCGAUAAUAAGCUUUCCUCAUUAACGGAGCAUCAUUUUAAAGAUAAUCCAAGAUUACAAGUUUUACUAAUGAAUGACAAUCCCACUUUACAAACUUUACCAGUCUUCAAAACUUACGGCAUGACGCAUAACACGUUCAGCGUUUUCCGUUUCGAGUGCGCUAAUUGUGGCCUGAACAAUCUGAAACCGAGCACGUUUGACGAAAUGCCGGCGAUAACUCGGCUGAACCUCGCGAGGAAUCGCCUAAGCGAUUUACCUUAUGGAUUCUUGAGACAUCUUUCGUCUCUACGAGAAUUGGAUCUCUCUAAUAAUAUCAUCUCUACCUUGCAACCCGAAAUGUUCCGCGGUGCCGAAAAUUUGAACAAGUUGAACCUCGCGAAUAAUCCAUUGACUACACUGCAAGUGACGCCAUUUUUGAAUACACCAGCACUCGUGAAGCUGGACGUGAGUCGUUGCAACCUCGAACGUGUUUGGAGCGAAGCUAGAGUACCACUGAAAAGUCUUCGAUUCCUGUCGGUUCGCGGUAAUCUUUUACGACGAAUCACUGUCGAAGAACUUAGAGCUACGCCAAAACUGUCGGGCCUGGAUUUGUCUCACAAUCCUCUAGAUUGUGACGAGGAAUUUAAUCAAGCUCUGCAAUGGCUCACCGAUCGCGGUGUUACACCGACAGAGACACUUGGAUAUGCCAGUGAUUUUGUUAAUGUUGACGAGGACGCCGAUUCGAAAGGCAUCAGUCAAUGGACGGAUUUGGCGAAGAUAGCUUGCGAUGGAAUCGACGCUGGUCCACCACCUAGACCAGUUCCUAGCAAAAGCACACCAAAGAAUGAUUUUACCGAUGACUCAGAAGAAUCCGAUUCUCUACCCACAAACGAGCUCGAUAAGAACGAGGAGCUUCUCAAGAUAAAUAUCGAUCACGGUAUACAUGUCGACGACCCGCGACUCUUGGAGGAUCAGGAAUACGACGUGGAUUAUACAAUCACUACAAAAUAUCACUCUUGGUACGACUUGAGACCCAACUUCAAAAUCUGGCUAGUUUCCGGUACUGCCCUGUCUGUUCUGGUUAUCUUCUUGUUGGUAGCGCGCAUUGCUUGCUGUUUGGCGAACAAACGAGGACGUGGUCCUGUCCUCAGGCCACCUAUGAUCCUUCGUCAGGGUCUGGUUGAUAAUAAGAAUUGCGGUUUGGUCUAUAAACCACUGCAAGAAGAGAUAGCUACGCCUCAUAUGCCGAAACGAGGUAGUUUCUACUCGAGCAGCACAUUUCACUAUGACAAAAUCGUGCCAGAGAGUGUAUAGAAAAAACUUCCUGAUUAAUUAAAUGGUCGAUUACGGAUCCCGACCGUCGAAGACCACUUUAUUGCGUCGCUUUCGCGAAUCAAAGAAAAUUCUUUAACAGACUGUUUAUUGGCUGAACGACGAAGCCGAUAAGGGAAGAGGAGAGAACAAAUCGAUCUCGUAAAAAUAUGCGUCAAUUACAAUUUUCAAUUAAAAUGCAAUUAAAAAGACUCUUCUCUGUUUGACCACAGCUGACGAUACACGUGAUCUUAUCGGCAAGUUUUCCAUUAUUUCUAUUGAAAGGAUAUCAAAAUCGAAGUAACUGCAUUUAAUUAUUAAAUUUUGUAAAAACGUUAUGCAAUUUACCGAAAUGCAUAACGUUUUUUGAGUUUUGACACGUUUUCACAAGAUUACACAAGCGAUUAAUAUAUAAGUGCGUUUAUUAUUGUUCUUAACGUAAAAAUGAUGUCUGAUAAACCGACAUUCACAAUAAUUUAGAUAUAAACUGCAGUGCUAUAUCUUGCAAUCAGUUCAAAACAUGAAUUUUUAUAUGUAUAUUAAAAUUAUAGCAAAGUACUUAUUAUUUAUAGAUUUUAUUUAAAGCUUAUAACUUUACUCAUUGAUUAAGCAGUGGCCGCAGGCGAAUGUCGAAGUUUAAUUUAAGUUUUUUUAAACAGUACUACUUGAUUAUAGAAAGAUUUAUGUAAUCUAAUACAUAAAUAAUUUAAUUUUGAUAUUAAACACACAAUAAUAUUCAUAUUAAAAAUGAAGUGUAGAAAAUUUGAGCAAAAACGUGUCAAUUUAUGAUUGAUGAUGAUGAAUAAAUGAAUAAGGAAAUUACAUAGGACAAAUACAAAAUUUUAUACAAAACAAAAUAAAAUAGAGCUCUUUGUAAGAUGUCCAAUCAGAGUAAUAUAUGCCAAUACAGUACUAUAAAUAAGUAUAAUUUUCUUACGACGAUUAAUUAAUUAAGGUGACAAUAUCUUAUCCGGUAAUAAAAUUUCGUAACCUUACAUACGA